AAAAAAUUAAAUACCAAAUAAACUUUUCUUUGUUUUGCUAUCCUUUAAGAGAGAUUCCUAAUUAAAAAAAUAUAAAAAAAGUAGGAAAUGAUCAGAAUUAAUAGCUCCCAAAAUCCGUUCCUCAUAUUCAUUCCAAAUUCUAUUAUAAAAGAUCGCGUUAAGUCAAUCAUGUUCCGAUAAUGGGUAACGCCCGAAAUUUUUUGAACUUUAUUAUAAAAUGCAUGAUUCAUAAUAUAUUACCUUUGAUCAUAAUUAUCUAUAUUGUGAAAAAUGUUACCUCACACUCUCUAUUCACCUACGCACAUUUACGAAGAAUGAAAAGAUCUCACAUAAUGUUAUCUAAUGAUUCUCGCAAAUACAAUGGAUUUGAAGGAAAUUGUUCUUGGCAUUUAGAUUCACAAAAUACGACCACACGAAUUUGUCAACACUUUUCGAAUCCUUCGAACAAUGCACCAGAAAAAUUUCAGGUAUUUGACCUUUACGAUGUUAAUGGUAUAAUUCCCGACAUAUUACGAAAUUCAAAUAUUUAUAAAACGAAAUCACAAAAAACAACCAUAUAUCCUCAUUCAGAAAACUAUUUCACCAUCAACAAUAUAGAAAAUAAUUCAGAUGAACAAUAUUCUACAAUAGCGUCCGAUUUAGAAUCACUUUUGUAUGUAGAUAAAAAUGAAAACAAAACCAGAAUUUUAGUCUCUGAAAAUGUCAAUGAAGACAAAUCCAACAAGGAAAGAGAAGCAGAAGCGGGUAAAGAAGGCGUUAAAAGAAUAUUCCACAAUUCGGCCUUCCCUGGGUCUGUCAGACAAUACAGAUUACAUAUGAUAAAGGCCUGCUUUUUGGUAAUAGUUAUGAUCGUAAUAUCCAUGUCGGCAUGUAGACUCAUUAUAAGGGUCUUUAGUAGGUAUGUAUACGAUGAUAAAGAUGACAGAGCCUAGGGGAAAUUAAUUCGAAGAUAUAAAAUUGUAUAUAAAGAUUAUUUUUUCAAUAAAAUUAUAUUUUAAUAAAGUGCACAUGAUA